AAUUUUUUUUUUUUCUUUGAUUUGCGUUAAUUCAAGUUUUGCUUCACGUCCGUCUUCUCCUUCCUUCGUCUCCUCCUCCUCCUUUUUCACUGUCUGCUAGGGUUGGAGUGGGCCGUUUCUUUCUCUCCGAUAUUUUCUCUAUUUCCUAUUAUCUAAUUUUGUAACACUCUCAGGUAGAUACACUAUGGCAAUGGAGGUUACCGAGGUGCUUUUGAAUGCACAAUCAAUAGAUGGAAAUGUGCGGAAGCAUGCAGAGGAAAGCUUGAAACAGUUUCAAGAGCAAAAUCUGCCUCUUUUUCUGUUAUCACUGUCUGGAGAGCUAGCUAAUGACGAAAAACCUGUUGAUAGUCGUAAAUUAGCCGGUCUGAUUCUAAAGAAUGCCUUGGAUGCCAAGGAACAACAUAGAAAAUUUGAGCUUGUUCAGAGAUGGUUGUCAUUGGAUGCUGCUAUCAAGAGCCAGAUAAAAACAUGCUUGCUAAAGACACUCUCUUCUCCAGUGUCUGAUGCUCGAUCAACUGCUUCACAAGUAAUUGCCAAGGUUGCUGGCAUUGAGCUGCCCCAGAAACAAUGGCCUGAGUUAAUAGGAUCCCUGUUGUCCAAUAUUCAUCAGCUACUGGCACAUGUUAAGCAAGCAACAUUGGAGACUCUUGGAUAUUUGUGCGAGGAAAUCUCUCCUGAUGUUGUGGAUCAAGAUCAAGUAAAUAAAAUUCUGACUGCUGUAGUUCAAGGUAUGAAUGCAUCUGAAGGAAACAAUGAUGUGAGGCUUGCUGCCGCUCGAGCAUUGUACAACGCUCUAGGCUUUGCUCAAGCAAAUUUUAGCAAUAAUAUGGAGCGCGAUUACAUCAUGAGAGUUGUCUGUGAGGCGACUUUGUCUCCAGAAGUGAAGAUUAGGCAAGCGGCUUUUGAAUGUUUGGUCUCUAUUUCGUCAAUGUAUUAUGAGAAAUUAGCUCCUUAUAUGCAGGACAUCUUUAGUAUUACAGCAAAGGCUGUGAGGGAAGAUGAGGAACCUGUGGCUCUCCAGGCAAUUGAGUUUUGGAGUUCAAUCUGUGACGAAGAGAUAGACAUCUUGGAAGAAUAUGGUGGUGAUUUCACUGGAGAUUCUGACAUUCCUUGUUUUUAUUUUAUCAAGCAGGCUCUCCCUGCUCUCGUCCCAAUGUUGUUGGAGACUCUCCUUAAGCAAGAGGAGGAUCAAGAUCAGGAUGAAGGGGCUUGGAACAUUGCAAUGGCAGGGGGGACAUGCCUUGGCUUGGUUGCAAGGACUGUGGGAGAUGACAUUGUGCCACUUGUUAUGCCAUUCAUUGAAGAAAAUAUAACAAAACCAGAUUGGAGGCAAAGGGAGGCAGCCACAUAUGCUUUUGGCUCAAUCUUGGAGGGUCCUUCACCUGACAAGUUGACACCUAUUGUUAAUGUCGCUUUGAAUUUCAUGCUUACUGCUUUGACAAAGGACCCAAAUAGCCAUGUUAAAGAUACCACUGCUUGGACUUUGGGACGAAUCUUUGAAUUCCUUCAUGGUUCAACUUUGGAUACACCCAUAAUUACUCAAGCAAAUUGCCAACAGAUUAUAACAGUUCUUCUCCAAAGCAUGAAGGAUGCUCCAAAUGUGGCUGAGAAGGCAUGCGGUGCCCUGUAUUUCCUUGCCCAAGGUUAUGAGGAUUCAGGCCCAUCAUCUCCCUUGACACCUUAUUUCCAGGAAAUUGUGCAUGCUCUUCUAACUGUUACUCACAGAGAAGAUGCUGGGGAAUCCCGGUUGAGGACUGCUGCAUAUGAAACGCUGAACGAAGUGGUGAGGUGCUCAACUGAUGAAACAUCUCCGAUGGUGUUGCAGCUGGUUCCAGUCAUCAUGACAGAGCUUCACAAAACUCUGGAAGGGCAGAAGCUUGGAUCUGAUGAGAGAGAGAAACAGGGAGAGUUGCAAGGGCUUCUCUGUGGGUGCCUACAAGUAAUCAUUCAGAAGUUAAGUUCUGCAGAGCCUACUAAGAUGGUGUUCAUGCAAUACGCAGACCAAAUAAUGGGGCUUUUCCUGAGGGUUUUUGCUUGCAGAAGUGCAACUGUGCAUGAGGAGGCAAUGCUAGCCAUUGGAGCACUUGCAUAUGCAUCUGGUCCUGACUUUGCAAAAUACAUGCCAGAGUUCUAUAAAUAUUUGGAAAUGGGUCUUCAGAAUUUUGAGGAGUACCAAGUGUGUGCUGUUACUGUUGGUGUCGUGGGGGAUAUUUGCAGGGCGUUAGAGGAUAAAAUUUUGCCUUACUGUGAUGGGAUAAUGACACAACUUCUGAAGGAUUUAUCCAGCAAUCAGUUGCAUCGAUCUGUGAAGCCUCCUAUUUUCUCAUGUUUUGGUGACAUCGCCUUAGCAAUAGGAGAGAAUUUUGAGAAGUACUUGAUGUAUUCCAUGCCCAUGCUCCAAAGUGCUGCGGAGUUGUCUGCCCAUACUGCUGGUGCUGAUGAUGAAAUGAUUGAAUACACAAAUUCGCUGAGAAAUGGAAUUUUAGAGGCUUAUUCAGGAAUUCUUCAAGGAUUUAAGAACUCUCCUAAAAUGCAACUUUUGAUUCCUUAUGCCCCCCAUAUCCUUCAGUUCUUGGAUAGUAUAUACAUGGAGAAAGACAUGGAUGAUAUGGUUAUGAAAACUGCUAUCGGGGUUCUUGGAGAUUUAGCAGAUACACUGGGAAAUAAUGCCGGUUCUUUGAUACAGCAAUCUCUUUCUGUCAGGGACUUUUUAAAUGAAUGUUUAUCUUCUGAAGAUCAUAUGAUUAAGGAAUCUGCUGAGUGGGCCAAGUUGGCCAUCAGUCGCGCCAUUUCUGUUUGAGUUUGUUGCUACUCAGCAAUUUCUUUCCUUUACAAGUCCCUGCAUGCAUUUGGGUGUAUUGAGUCGGGGUCCGGGUUGCAUUCGUGUCAGGUCAUCUGCAGUCUACAGAUAACGAAAGUUAUCGGUCUUCAGAUUGUCGCUAACUAUUUGCAUCAGCAUCAGCAUCAGCAUCGUGGUUCUGUCAGAGGUAUGGGUAGUGAUUGCUUUGCAGACAUGGGUGAAGGCAUUUUUGUAAAAAGAUUUUAUAAAAUGUUGGCCAUAGAGUACAGAACCGGUGGAAGUGAGUGAGAGGAACAUUGAUUUUCCGAAUAGAUGCAGGCCAGGCAGCAUUUUGUGAGCUGCUGUUCGUUAGUCCUUAUAACAACAAUUGAUACUUCUCCUUAGCAGACUACCCAUGCUGUCUCGGUGGUUGUCUCUUAGUUACUCCAGGUUGUGGAAGUGGAGCAGCUAUGUUGGUUGAAGUUUUGUGACACUUGAAGGCCACCCAAGUGCCACAUUUUAGAAGACCCUAAAUUCAUUACUGAUUUUUUCUUUUACCCCUUUUCAUUUUUCAUUAAAUCUUUUUUUGUAUUAUGUCUGUCAUGGUCAGGUUGUAUUUUAUCUGUUGAACUCUUUCGGUAUACUCAGUUGGGGGUCUUCAACAUAUUAUUGAGGGAAAGCAUCCUGCAUUGCAUAAUUCAUUUUUGCUUCAAUUGUUUUUAUAGAUUCAAAGUCAGUUACUUUGCAUUCAUCAGAUCAUAUAAUACUCUUCCUUUUUCUUAAA